GCUCAUCCUCUCCUGAUUCUUCGCGUCUCACGUCAGUCGACCGAACAGAGCUUUGCUUCUCUCCGAGGUCUCGUGCUCCCUCCCGGCCGAGAUACUAUAACAACAGGGCACCUACAACUACAAGUCACGGCACAUCGUCGUUCUGGUGACUGCUGUGAGGGAGGAGAAUGGGCAAAUCAUGGGCGCUCCUCACCCACCUCCACUCCGUCGCCGGGCCAAGCAUCACGCUGCUGUACCCUCUGUAUGCGUCGGUGUGCGCCAUGGAGAGCCCGUCCAAGGUGGACGACGAGCAGUGGCUGGCAUACUGGAUCCUCUACUCCUUCAUCACCCUCCUGGAGAUGGUGGCCGAGCCUGUCCUCUACUGGAUACCGGUGUGGUACCCAGUGAAGCUGCUGUUCGUGGCCUGGCUGGCGCUCCCGCAGUUCAAGGGCGCCUCCUUCAUCUACGACAAGGUCGUCAGGGAGCAGCUCAGGAAGUACCGCGGCAGGAACCGCAACGGCGACGCCGAUCACAAGGUGCACAUACUCAAGGCCGAGGCUGACCAUGGUCGUGUGCAUUGAGAAGAUAGGGGCUGGCACUGGGAGAUCCAGGAGCAUGACCUACUCUUGUGCAGAGUCCUUAACUAUUAGGUGUAUCUUUGUAUCUGUUGUAAGCACAUCCAGAAGUAUUAACACACAACGCAUGCUCUCGUCUAAUAAAAUCAGGGCCGUCGUCUUUCAUAA